ACGUACGGCUCUUACAUUGAAGACGUCCAAAACGUCCGUGAAAUUGCUCUAAAACCAAGAGAAACUUUGUGAUAGUACGACGAGGGACUGGAUAACUUGACUGCCCUACAUAAAAGAGAGGAAGAAUACGUAUUAGACGAAGAGGAAUUCAGUUAAAAUAAAAAGACAGCAUCUAGAUAAACAUCAGUGCAUGGACAGCAUUUACUAAGGGGUCAAUCAGAAGCAGUAUGACCGUAAUGUUGCAUCUUCCGCUGAGCUAAGACCUUAGCUACGCCAAGCAGCUAUAUCCCUACAGAGGAGCAGACAUCACUGCCUCGUCUUGUGUAUUACAUCUUAAACACUGUCUGGAGUGUCCAAUCAGUUUAGGAGAUAGAUCCAUAGGAUGAAGCUGUGUGGGUUCAACUCUGCAUGUAAGUGAGCUUCUUCGUUCACCGUUACACUCUGGAAUCAACAACUAUCAAAGAGGAGCAGUCAGGGACUCAGAUUAUUUUCACUGGUGACAGGAGCUGACGAGGUACCGAUGGGUGGCCACAUCUCAUAGGAUCAUAUCACCCUGCAGCAUCGCCAUAGCAACAGAUUAAGCAUCAUGGGCUGUGGAGGAUCAAGCCAACCUCGCUAUGAGAUGAGCAAAUCGGAGAAAUCUUUGAAAGCAGCGUUAUUAAUCCAACGAUGGUAUCGUCGCUACCAGGCAAGGUUAGAAGCAAGACGACGGUGUACGUGGAACAUCUUUCAGAGUAUAGAAUAUUCAGGAGAGCAAGAUCAACUCAAGCUCUAUAACUUCUUCAAUGACAUGAUUGCGUCCAUCGGGGACUCGCCCAAGGCCAGCUUUCUCCAGCCUCAGAAUCAAAUAUCAGAUGAAGAAGAGAACCCCCACGUUAUCCGAGACGAUAAGCUGGACAAUCUGGAUGGCAACCAGAUCCCUGUGGAAGCAUCGUACGACGGGGUUCACCUGACGUUACCUCUUAACCCCAAGCAACUCCAGGAUCUCAUAGAGAGUCUUAAAGAAGGUCACCCUCUACACGCAAAGUACUGCAUUCAGGUCUUACUGGAAGCGCGCAAGCUGCUCAUGACCAAGCCCAACGUCAACCAGGCCACGACGGCACUUGCAAAACAAAUAACCGUUUGUGGUGACUUGCAUGGAAAGUUGGAUGAUUUAUUAAUUAUAUUCUACAAGAACGGUCUACCAUCAAAGGAAAACCCGUACAUCUUCAAUGGUGACUUUGUUGACAGGGGGCCACACUCUGUAGAAAUUGCGGUCUUACUCUUUGCCUUCUUACUUGUCUACCCUAAUGAGGUCUACUUGAAUAGAGGGAACCAUGAAGACCACAUUAUGAAUCUGAGAUAUGGUUUCAACAGGGAAGUCCAAAUGAAAUAUGGAAAGCCCAAUUGCAAGCAAGAAGCGCAGUGGCUCAUCCCACUCUUUAAAGACAUCUUCUCCUGGUUGCCCCUAGCAACCAUCAUUGAUGGCAAAAUACUGGUUACCCACGGUGGCAUUUCAGACAAGACGGACCUAACGUGCCUAGACAACAUUGAGAGACAUAAGUACAAGUCGGUUCUCAAACCGCCCCUCAAAGAAGGAGCGGAAGAAAUCACUGGAGACGAAGAUGACCUCUCAGACAAGGUCAACUUCUCGGAAUGGCGUCAGAUUCUAGACGUUUUAUGGAGUGACCCUAAGAUAGUCGACGGCUGCACGCCCAACUUGUUCCGUGGAGGCGGGAGCUACUUUGGACCGGACGUCAGCCGGAAGGUCUUGAAGAAACACAACUUAGAUUUGCUGAUUCGGUCGCAUGAGUGCAAGCCAGAGGGCUAUGAGUACACACAUGAUGGACUGGUGCUGACAGUCUUCUCUGCAUCCAACUACUAUGAGAUGGGAAGCAACAAGGGGGCGUACGUCAAACUGGGUACAGACCUCAAACCACGCUGUGUCCAGUACAUGGCCUCAAAGUCGCAUCAGAAACUCUCCAUGGCUCAGAGGUUAAGCAUUGUGGAGGAGUCGGCUAUACGAGAUCUAAGAGAGAAAAUGGCGUCUAGCAAGUCAAGUCUAAAGCAGGGAUUCCAACAGUUUGAUCCAAGCAGUACAGGGUAUAUAACACUAACGCAAUGGGCCCAUGUAAUGGAAGAAGUACUGGAGUUAACUAUUCCUUGGCGUACAUUGAGGGAUAAACUCAUACGAGUCAACGAUCAGGGUAUGGUUGAAUACGAGUCGUGUAUGGAGGUGGAACUAAUGAUAGGAGGACUGAGUGAGGGACCCAGCGUCACUGAGGUGCUGUAUAGAAACAAGAACAGCCUGGAGACGAUAUUCAGAGCUAUGGACAAAGAUCACUCAGGCACGAUAACGAUGGAUGAGUUUGAAGAAGCCUGCAGCCUGCUCAGCAAGCACGUCGGCUCGGACAUUUCAAAGAAAUCGGUGCAAGACAUGGCGCGCAGUAUCGACAUCAACAAAGAUGGCUACAUAGACUUCAAUGAGUUCCUGGAGGCGUUCCGAUUAGUGGACACACAGGUCAAACAGGAAGAACUGAAAAGUAACGGAUCAAAAGCUGACAUCAAACUGAGUAGUAACGGAGCCACGGAGAUCGAUGGCAACACUGUGCUAUGAUCUAUGGGUGUCUCAGUUAGGGGGAACGAUAGCGCUGGACAUUUCUAAUGUGCUCAUGUUUCCUAAGUAUGACUUUAGGAGUAUUUUGAUGGUAUUCAAAACUGAUUUUCUAAGCAGUAACUGUUUUUCUAAGCAGUAAAGGAGCCCAGGAGAUUGAAGGUGGCACUGUGCUAUGAUCUGUUGGUGACUCUUCUAGGGGGAAUGAUAGCACUGCAGCCAAUUUCACAAAAUGCUAGGAUUAAUCCAGACUAACUUAAGAUGG